ACCUCACUUCACUUUCACACUUUACAAACCAUAACCCACUAAACUAAACCUCUCUCUCUCUCCAUACUUUUCCUUCACUUUCUCCCUUCAGUUUCCUUUCAACCAAACACACUUUCACACAAUGGGAAUCAACAGAGACUCAUCUCCACCGCCACCAGUGAUCGGAAAGAUUGGGCCUUACACUGUGUUCAUGACACCACCUUCAACACCUUCUCCCAGACCACCAUCUUCAUCACCAUCACCACCGCCGCCGCAGCCUGUCUUUGAGUCUCCAAAGAAGGUGGUGGUCCCACCUCCGGUUCAGCCUCCGCCCCAGCAAUUUGACAAGUCCGUCACUGCCACUACUGAUGAUGGGUCUGUUUUGGGGAUCUUUAAGAAUGCUGUCACUAAGGUCCAGAAUGCACACUCUAGUCUAGAUGACCAUUUAGCCCGCUGGUUUGGAUUAAAUCAAUCAAAGUAUCAGUGGGCAUUGGAUGACUAUUAUGAGAACAAGGGUUUGGAAAAAGGAGAUUCGAAAGUGAAGGACAUGUCUAGUAAAAUGCAGAGUGUGUAAUAUGCUUGCUAAAGAGUGUCAGUUGCAAGGGAGAGCGCUCGUGCAGAUUCGUUUUGAGUACACUAUAUCUAUAAUACUAAUGUAUGCAGUUGCAGAAAAAGCACCUGAAAUAUCGAAGAAGAACCGAUUACUACUUCCGGGGGAGCCAAGCCAGGCAGUCAAUACGAAAUCGUUCUCUUUACCAACUGCAGCAGGAGAUAUCAGAGUUUGGUUCUGUAACUGUCUAUGAGUCAUUAAACUCAAUAUAGUUAUUCUUCGGCCAAACUUUUUUCUGUUCUUGUAUGCUGUUGUGUAGGUUUUACCAUUUCUGAUUUUUAGUCAAGUUAUGGCUUAUGUACCUUCAGAUUGUUGGUGUAUUUAUGUGUUUAGUAAAAUCCCAUAUAAUAUAAUCUUCUUCUAAUUAUGAGAGAAAAGUAAUAGAUCACUAUUUUAAAUCA